AUGAGCAGCCCAGCAGGUACCACGCCAGGCGCGUCACCAGCGGUCCCGCUGGUCCCAACAGGGCCGUUCAUCGACCCGGCGAAAGAAUCGCUGCCUCCAAGAGCUGUGCUUUUGGUAGCGCCUAUCACCACAUUCUUCAUCUUGGCGAUAAUAUGUAUCGGCCUUCGACUGUGGGCGAAGCGCAUAAAGAAGAUCUCGCUUCGAUUUACAGACUAUGCUAUCAUUGUUGCUGCCGUCUUUUCGACGGGAUAUCUUUCUAUCUGCUGGCUAGUGGCUGAACAGGGCGGCGUUGGUUUCCCGCUUGUACGAGUGGCUCCUCCGCAGCGUACACUUACACAAAAGUCGCUCGUCAUAGCAUGGCUUCUGCAAGCAUGGGCUAACACCUUCGUGCGGUUGUCUAUUCUCGACUUCAUCGCGCAGGUCUUCUCUGUGAAGAAGUUCCGCAUGGUAGUCUACUUCUUUGAGGGAUGCGCUGUCGCGUACCUGGCCGGCUGCACCAUAACUUUCUUCGCUAUCUGCAGACCGAUCAAGUACAAUUGGGAGAUCGGCCCUGUAGCUCUGCAACACUGCGGUAACUUGAGCAUGAAGUUUCUCCUGAGCUCCAUCUUCAACCUCAUCCUUGAUGUGUGCAUACUAGUUCUUCCGAUGCCCAUGCUUUGGACGCUGCAGUUGAACUCGCGUAAGAAGAUCGCCUUGACUAUCGUCUUCGGCCUUGGUAUCUUUGUUUGCUUCGCUACUGCAUGGCGUACGUACAACGUAGUCCACUUCUCCACCCCGGAAGCAAAAUUGAACUUCACCAUGACGGUCGUCGAAGACGCCCUAUGGUCCGGACUCGAGAUAAACCUCGGAAUUAUCAAUGCGUGUCUCCCCGUCAUGCCCGCGGCGCUCCAGAGAAUCUUCAAGAUUCCCUUUCUUAGACUCAUUUCCUUCUCAACAUGGCGCCCUGCCAGCGGCUCCGAAGGCUCAGCUUUAAGGCCGACAUGGAUGCGUCUCGGCAGCACCAAGAGUGACAAGAGCGGAAGUAUCUCGCGCAAGGUUGAGUACUCGGUAGAUAUCGAGGCGAACCCCAUGGACCAUAUCCCUAUGGAGAAUAUGGGCUCAACGACGAAGUUGGCUGAAAACCAGUGGCCAACGUAUAAUUACACCGCUACGAACCAGUAUCAUCCCAGUGGAAAGCCACAAGGUCUCCCGGAGCAAUAUGUCCAGCAUCAGUACGCUCAGAAUCGAUAUUCCCAAAAUGAAUAUCCUCAGGCUCAGUAA